GCAGGUCUCAAACAGUCUCUCCUGGAUGUCCAUUGGAGGCUGAGGCUGCCCUUGACACUCUUGGCUCUGGAGAAGCAGAACUGUAGGGAAGGCUUGUAUGAAGGUUUACCUGUCACUUGGGAAAACUGCGGACACAUAGUCUCCCAAUGGCACCUCAUCACAUCCGCAAAUACCAGGAGACUGACCGCAAGAGGGUCCUGGACUUGUUCUCCCAAGGGAUGUUCGAGCAUGUCCCCGCCACAAUCCGCCUUGUGUUGAAGAUGCCACAAACAUUCCUGGUCUUACUUGGGGUGCCCAUCGCCCUACUCCUGGUCUCUGGCUCUUGGCUCCUGGCUCUUGGAUCUAAUGUCACCCUCCUUGUUUUUCUUUGGCUGCUGGCCAGACAUCCUUGGAGGCAGUAUGUGGUCAUGUGUUUGCAGACAGACCUUGCUGACAUCACCAAAUCCUACCUGAGGGACCGUGGUUCCUGCUUUUGGGUGGCUGAGUCUGGGGGGCACGUGGCAGGCAUAGUGGGUGCUCUGCAAGUGAAGGACGCCCCCCCAGGGAGGAAGCAACUGCAGCUGUUUCACCUCUCUGUGGCCUUGGAGCACCGAGGUGAAGGACUAGGGAAAGCCCUGGUCAUGACUGUCCUCCAGUUUGCGAGGGCUCAGGGCUAUAGUGAGGUUGUCCUUGAUACUACCACUGUACAGGAGGCUGCUCUGACCCUCUACCUGCGCAUGGGCUUCCAGAAGACAGGAGAGUACUUCUUUGACAAGGUCUUUAGACUACUGGGCAUUUAUAUGAUUCAAUUAAAAUACUGCCUCCCAUCUGCUCAGGAGGGAAGCCUGUGAGCUAUUGUCUUGUGUAUCAGUCAGGAUCUGAUUGACAAUCCUGUAGCACAAGCAAACCCUGGCAUUUUGGUAGAACAAAUGAUGAAAUCUCAUUGCUGGUGCAUAUCUGAGUCCAGCAUGUUUGCUGGUGAGUUGUGGAUUGGGGGCUUCUAUUCCAUUCAUUGGUUCAUUGGUGUAGAACCAUUUGUAGGUAAAAUGUCAAGAGGAUAAUGUGCACAGAGGUUGCUUGGGUUUGUGAGCCACUAUUUCUCCUGGUCUUUGCUGGGCAGCUCUCUGGGUCUCAGUAUACCUAUGGAAAUGUCCUGGAUAGACUGCAGUACCAGUGACACUAUACAUCAUCAUGUCCCAGCAGCCUAGCUCAGGCAGGGUUCAAAGUGACUGAAGAGCAGCCAAUGCAAAAUGAGAGAGGAACAAAGACUUCUCCAUGCCCUCACAGGUGUCACUUGUGGACACAUCUCAGACUCCAGGGAGAAAUGGAGCUGGCUCAGAAGUGGAGGAGCUACAGAGUCCAGAGUUGAGGGGCACGAUGUGGCUCUAUGAGAAGAAUUGGAGAGCAAUACACUCACUGUA